AUGCGUCACGUGGGCGGCCGCGAGCAUCCGGGCUCCCAGCGGCGGCGCUGCGGAGGCUCCCGGGAGCCGGCGGCGUGGGGCCAGUAUUGCGAGCGGACGGCGGCCGGGCCUCCCGGGCCGCCCGCGUGGGCCGAGCGGCACGCGUGCCUAGCAUGGCGGGCUCCCUGCCUCCCUGCGUGGUGGACUGCGGCACCGGGCAUCGCCAUCAGAGAGUCGGCAAAGGUGGUCGACCAAGCCCAGAGGAGGGUGCUCAGAGGGGUCGAUGACCUGGACUUCUUCAUCGGGGACGAAGCCAUAGACAAACCCACGUACGCCACAAAGUGGCCGAUAAGACAUGGAAUAAUUGAAGACUGGGAUCUAAUGGAAAGGUUCAUGGAACAAGUGAUUUUUAAAUAUCUUCGAGCUGAACCUGAGGAUCAUUAUUUUUUAAUGACAGAACCUCCGCUGAACACCCCAGAAAACAGAGAGUACCUGGCGGAAAUCCUGUUCGAAUCAUUUAACGUCCCGGGACUCUACAUUGCAGUCCAGGCAGUGCUGGCCUUGGCCGCGUCUUGGACGUCGAGACAAGUUGGCGAACGCACGUUGACGGGGAUCGUCAUUGACAGCGGGGACGGGGUCACCCACGCUAUCCCGGUGGCAGAAGGGUAUGUCAUCGGAAGCUGCAUCAAACACAUCCCCAUUGCGGGCCGAGACAUCACCUAUUUCAUCCAGCAGCUGCUGAGGGAGAGGGAGGUGGGCGUCCCUCCCGAGCAGUCCCUGGAGACCGCAAAGGCCAUCAAGGAGAAGUACUGUUACAUUUGCCCUGAUAUAGUCAAGGAGUUUGCCAAGUAUGACGUGGAUCCUCGCAGGUGGAUCAAGCAGUACACGGGGAUCAACGCCAUCAACCAGAAGAAGUUCGUGGUAGACGUCGGCUACGAGCGGUUCCUGGGCCCUGAGAUUUUCUUUCACCCGGAGUUUGCCAACCCCGACUUCAUGGAAUCCAUCUCGGAUGUCGUUGAUGAAGUGAUUCAGAACUGCCCCAUCGACGUGCGCCGUCCGCUGUAUAAGACAGAUCCAGAAAAAUAUUGCUACUCUUUAUGUCAGGGAUGGAACCUGCGUCCUCAUGGAUGCCAGUCGAGUUUGUUACUGCUGAGCCACGACGGGAACUCCAAGAGCCUUUGGAUUUCGAGUCCCUUUCCCACAUCUUUGAAAACCCAUGCUUUUCCCACCAUGUGACACUGAGGAUCAUGGAAAAUGUGGGAGGAAGGUGAUUCCCCAAAGAGGGACACCCGCUCCCGGCCCUUUCCCCACCAGGACCGGCCUUGCCUCCCGGGGGUGGUGGCAGCAGGGUCUCCGCCCGCCCCGUUUGCCGGCUGUGCUCCCCCGGCUGUGUGCUGCUUUCAGGGCCUUGGCAGAGUGACUGCAGCCUUGUGAGGGGCUGGAGGGAGCCGACUGGGAGCUGACCGUGUUUCUCUCCUGUCAGGCUCUGUUCCCUGUGGGGGUGGAAGGACACGCACGGGCCCACCCCACUCUGCUGCCCGCGGGCUGGGGCCCUGCAUGGGUGGGUGAGCCCCAGCACCUCUUUGCCUGCUUCCAAGGCUGUCCGGGUGGGGCCGCAGCCCUGUGGUCACCCUGCAAGGGAGCCAGCUGGCAGGCCACCUUGCUCUCGUCCACCUGUCACUGUCACAGGGCUUCAGGGAGGGUGAGGACUGUCUGCUGGCACCCCCACCUCUGCCACGGCCACCGCCAAGGGGACUGUUCCCAAAACAGAGGGCUUGAUGAGCGAAUGGAAGUUUCACACUGAGGCCGAAGCAUGUGCUUUGCUGUCCGUUAACCGGCCGGGUCCCGGCUUCGGUCGUGCUCUCUUCCCCUGGCGAUCUCGGACCAGGGCUUGGCCAACUUGUUCUGCACAGGGCCGGACGGUGACUAUUUCUGGCUUUGUGGGCCAUCGGGUCUACACCGCAUCUGCUCUCUUCUGCCCGAGCAGCCUUGUGACCGGAGAGGCUUGCUCCUAGGAGCUCACGCAGGAGAACAGGUGUCGGGGACGUGGUUGAACUUUCCAGAUUGGGCCUCACAGGCCAGUCAGGCCGCGUUCACUGAGCGCCUCUGCUGCUGCUGUUGGGGAGGGCCUCGGAGAGAGUGGCCGUCUGCUCCUCCCCCUGCAGGGCCCCGUGGCUCCGCUGUAGCUCUGCCCACUCGUCUCCCGAAGCCACUGCCCGGGGUGAGGGCUCCGGGCAGGCAUCUCGACGGGUGGGCGGCCUUGUUGGGAUUCACUCUGUGUGUUUAGUCCUGCCUUCCCCACCCCUCCUCCUGAGUGUGGACGUGCGCUUGCUGUGGAAAGAACCUUCCACCACGACAUUUAUGUUCAUGAAAUGCACGGAUGUUUGUCUGUGGGAUUUUGAAAGUACUUCCAAGACCCUCUCGGAGUUGGAAGGCGUAGUAGGUACGAGUGCUUCUGCACAGCUGCUCUGCGAGCCGAGUGUUCUGGGUCUCCAGCCUCGCCCUUACCCCAUCGCUGCCCCCUUACCUGCUGGGCCCACGCUUGUCCUGCCGCGGGGCUUACACAGUUCUCAGCACUGAAGCCACUGAAGAAGCAGGAAGCCGCCGCUGGUACCCGAAGAAGUCCAUCACCGAAGGGGGAAGCAGCCCCUGCCGAGCUCUGUCGGUUUACCUGCAUGGGCAGGAUGCCCUCUGGGCGGCCGGCUUCCUGACCUCUGCCCCGUGCACUGUGCCUCCAGCCCCCUGGCCUCAGGGCAGCUGUGGUGGCUGAAGCGAAGCAGAGCUCCGACAGCUCCUUGGUGCCCGAGGCCUGCCGCUCCCCUUGGCCGAGCUGCUCCCAAAGAUGCC